AUGCCCGAACAGCAGAUCCCGCUGGACGAUGGGCUACGCCCGGCGUCGUCGGCAUCGUCGACGUCCCGUUCGCGCCACCCAUCGCUCGGGGACGUACAGGACGUGCCCAAUGGCCCGAUGACUCCGGAACCGGGUGGUGGCGGCCAUUUUGUGGCGAUCCGCAACAUGCUGAACGCGUCCCGGGCCCGCCCGGUGGCUCGGAUAGCCCCGCUGGAACCCUCGUUUGUGCCAGCACCGCAGCGCUACUACCCGAUCGUUAUCCCGGCGGAACCGACGAUUGAGGAGUUGCUGCGACAAGCGGCCGGAACCGAAGAUCUGGCGACGGUGAGCGAAGUCAAGCUGAAGGUCAUCUCGCACCUGACGAGCCUGCAGCGGAUACCGUGCUUUAUCCCGCACCUGCGCUCACUCAUCCUGGAGGGCAGUAUCGUUCUGACCUUGCGCGAUUUGGGCUGCGAUAUGACGUCGCUGCGCUACCUGAACGUGUCCCGGUGUAGCCUGAAGCAUCUGGACGGCACAACCGGGCUGGAAUCGCUGGAGGAGCUGGUGGCCGACUACAAUCUGAUCGAGGAGGUAGGACCCUGCACGAACCUGACCAACAUAAGGAAAAUCAGCCUCAAAGGCAAUCGGAUCACCGACCUGGGCAGCGUCACCUUCUUGGCGCUCUGCGAGAAGCUCGAGGCACUGGAUCUGCGCGAGAACUUUGUGUCGGAGAAUCCCUCCUUUCGCCAUCUGCUCAAGACGAACAUCCCACAGUUGCGGUGCCUGAACGAGACACCGUUCGGCGAGGUGACGGCCAGCGAGGACACGGACCUCUCCAGCUCGGAGUAUCGCUCGUCGAGCUCCGGCAGUGCGGAAGACGUACAGCGUGGCCGCUGGGAUGUGAUGGCCGGCCGAUCGCAGAUCAUGGCGGUCGCCCGUCCGAUAACGGCCACGGUCGAGCGGCGGGUUACGGUGGAACUGCGGGACCAGAACCGCCCGUCGACGGCAGAUCCCGUCAAGUUGAAAGCCCAGCUAACCUCGGGAGAACCGGUGGUCGGGAGCAUCGUGACCAAGGCCCGGCGCCGCCGCCGUCAGCGAACGGCCUGGGGCGAGUCUACGUCCUGCUCCAGUGUGAGCAGUUCCGAUUCGUCCUUCUCGAAAGAUUUCCCCGACCGAUUGCCCCAGAAGAUGGUCGACCUGGAGCUGGGCGUUGUCGGUAUGGCCGUCCGGGGUCGUCACGCACCGGCGGUAUCGCGUGAGGGCGAGCAACCGGAAGACGAUCCCCAGAACCUGCUGCGUGCGGCACGCUUGUGGCGUCAGCGAUCGCUUCAGACCCGGGAAGCGAUUCGCGAGCAAGAGCAAAGGCUCGUGCUGCGGCAACUGACCGACGAGGACUAG